UGUGGUAGCCAACCAUAGAGUGGCGGAAGUAGGCGGUCCUCUUCCUCUCUGGGUCCAACUGCUCUGCGAAGUUUCUGGGGAUUUCUCUGGCGCGGAGCAUUGUGGGCUUGCUGGGCGGCCCGGACACGGUGAAAAGGAGAGCAGCGGGCCACUGAAUAAGCUUCCAAAAUGAUGCCCACACCAGUUAUCCUGUUGAAAGAGGGGACCGAUAGCUCCCAAGGCAUCCCCCAGCUUGUAAGUAACAUCAGUGCCUGCCAGGUCAUUGCUGAGGCAGUAAGAACUACUCUGGGCCCCCGUGGCAUGGACAAACUCAUUGUGGAUGGCCGAGGCAAAGCAACAAUUUCUAAUGAUGGAGCCACAAUACUGAAACUCCUUGAUGUUGUCCAUCCUGCAGCAAAGACUUUGGUGGACAUUGCCAAAUCCCAGGAUGCUGAGGUUGGUGAUGGCACCACCUCAGUGACCCUGCUGGCUGCAGAGUUUCUGAAGCAGGUGAAACCCUAUGUGGAGGAAGGUUUGCACCCACAGAUCAUCAUCCGAGCUUUCCGCACCGCCACCCAGUUGGCAGUUAACAAGAUCAAAGAGAUUGCUGUGACUGUGAAGAAAGAAGAUAAAAAGGAGCAGAGGAAGCUGCUGGAGAAGUGUGCCAUGACCGCUCUGAGUUCCAAGCUGAUCUCCCAGCAGAAAGCCUUCUUUGCUAAGAUGGUGGUGGAUGCCGUGAUAAUGCUCGAUGAUUUACUGCAACUUAAAAUGAUUGGUAUUAAGAAGGUGCAAGGUGGAGCCCUAGAGGAGUCCCAGCUAGUAGCUGGUGUUGCAUUCAAGAAGACUUUCUCUUAUGCUGGGUUUGAAAUGCAGCCCAAAAAAUACAAUAAUCCACUGAUUGCCCUUUUAAAUGUGGAGCUUGAGCUGAAAGCUGAGAAAGACAAUGCUGAAAUCAGAGUUCACACAGUCGAGGAUUAUCAGGCAAUUGUUGAUGCAGAGUGGAACAUUCUCUAUGACAAGUUAGAGAAGAUCUAUCACUCUGGAGCCAAAGUUAUCUUGUCCAAACUCCCCAUUGGGGAUGUGGCGACCCAGUACUUUGCUGACAGGGACAUGUUCUGUGCUGGCCGCGUGCUGGAAGAGGAUCUGAAGAGGACGAUGAUGGCCUGUGGAGGCUCCAUCCAGACCAGUGUGAAUGCUCUGUCGGCAGAUGUGCUGGGUCACUGCCAGGACUUUGAGGAGACCCAGAUUGGAGGCGAGAGGUACAAUUUCUUCACUGGCUGCCCCAAGGCGAAGACUUGCACUAUCAUCCUCCGGGGUGGUGCUCAGCAGUUCAUGGAGGAGACAGAGCGGUCCCUGCAUGAUGCCAUCAUGAUUGUCAGGAGGGCCAUCAAGAAUGACUCAGUAGUAGCUGGUGGUGGGGCCAUCGAGAUGGAGCUCUCCAAGUACCUGCGGGAUUACUCAAGGACCAUUCCAGGAAAACAGCAGCUGUUGAUUGGGGCAUAUGCCAAGGCCUUGGAAAUUAUCCCACGCCAGCUAUGUGACAAUGCUGGCUUUGAUGCCACAAACAUCCUCAACAAGUUGCGGGCUCGGCAUGCCCAGGGGGGAACGUGGUACGGAGUGGACAUCAACAAUGAGGACAUUGCUGACAACUUCGAGGCCUUUGUGUGGGAGCCAGCUAUGGUGCGGAUCAAUGCCCUGAUCGCAGCCUCUGAGGCCGCGUGCCUUAUUGUGUCCAUCGAUGAAACAAUCAAGAACCCUCGCUCGACAGUGGAUGUGCCCGCAGCUGCUGGCCGGGGCAGAGAUCGAGGCCGCCUGCAUUGAGAGGCAUCCCACUGCUCACACAGGUGGCCGGCAAGCUGGCUGCAGGAUGUGCUUAUUUUCUGUCUUGGUUAAUCGGUAUCACAAGGAAGGGGUAGUAAUUGGCCCACUGUGUUCUUACUGGAGGUUAUUUAAAUAAAAUUUAAGACUUGGAAUUCACUUGGCAAAUUAUUUAGGCACAGGAAUUUUACCCAUACCUGCCUUAAUGGUGGCUCAGGGCUUUAGUGUUGUGUGUACUCACCCAGUAGGUAGAAAAAACCAUCUUCCCUCCUAUCAGGAGCCUGUGAUGAGGCUCCUGAGUUCUCAUCAGCCUAUGGCUGGUAAGGUAGAACGUGGGUUGCUCCAUCUCAGUGGCCCUUGUCCAGAAGUCUUGCUUUGGUUGCUUCUUAGUCCCAGAAGUGGCUGGGAGAUGAGUUGCUGCCCUUCUGACAUCACCUUCCUCAGCCCUAGCCCAACUGGGCACUGACCCCAGACUUUCUCUGGAUUUGAGUAAAUGUAGUACAUGACCUGUGUGCCCGUUUUGCCCACAUACUCUUUUGGUCCCUCUUACUCAAGAUCUGGAGGUUGAGGGCUCUGUUUUAGAGAAGCCACAUCCUCUCAACUUAGACUUCCUGGAAGCCCACCAAGGAAGUGGCUGAAGGAGCACUAACCUGAUUUCAGUUUUGGGGUUCCUUUCCUUGUCUGAACAGUGGAAGUGUGGACUGACUGGCACAGAUAGCCUGGGAAUCAGCAGGGUCUAAACUGCCUCGUUUAUGCUAGAGCUGGCCUGCAGUUAGCUAUGGUUAAUAAUUGUUGAAACUAGAAAUGAAUAAAGCUGUCACCUUGAGCCAUUAAAGCUUUUGUUGCCUGAA